ACUAAAGUUAUGCGGACAAAAAGUCACUGAUGCUGAAAUGUUGGAGAAAACUUUGUCCACUAUGCAUGUUUCAAAUGUGCUUUUACAAGAGCAAUAUAGACAAAAGCAUUUUCAAAAGUAUUCUGAUUUGAUAUCAGUAUUACUAUUUGCUGAGACGAAUACCGACAUUUUGAUGAGAAACCACAAUAUGAGACCCACGGGUUGUAGCCCGCUUAGUUUUGGUCCACCAAAUCAUGGUUCAAAACAUGAAUCAAAUGCAACCCAUAGUGGUGCUCGUGGACAUUUCAAACGUGGUCGUGGUAUUGGUCGUUAUAAUGGACCUAGCCGGGGAAACAAACAGAGUAGUAGCUCAUUUUACAAAGGCAAGGGUAAGCAAAACCGCCAUCAAACAAAGAGCCCGACGAAAUCUUCAGAAAAGGCCAAAGUCACUUGCUUUAAGUGUGGCACGUCGGGACAUUGGGCAAAUAAGUGUCGUACACCUAGACACUUGAUUGAUUUAUAUAAAUCAUCUCUAAAAGGAAAGAAUGUGGAAACUAAUUACGUCAACGAAAAUGAUCCAC